AUGCCGUCUAUGAAAGUGGAAGGCGACAGUGAUGGUGAUGGGGACAUGUCCGGGGGUGAUACGGAGCGCUCUGGGGGCUCCUCCGCCCUGACGGCCCGCUUGACGAGGGACUCCGAUGAUUCCUCUGAGUUUGUACAAAACAAUGGAUCAAACCUGGAGAGACAGUUCAACGCACUUAGAGAACAACUGUACCACGAGAGGGUGAAGCAAGUGGAGCACCAGCUGGCGGAGGUGAGGAGUGGCCGCUCACAGGAGUACCUCGGACCUCUGAGAAGGCUACAGGAUAAUAUGAAGAUUAGGAUCGAAGUGGCCGGUAUAUUGAAACAAAUGCGGAUUGAAAACAUCAAACACAAGUACGAGGCGGAGGAGCAGGCCGCGCAUCAGCAUUUCAAGGUAAGUUAUUACUUAUCUACACUUAAAUCUGCAUAAAUAUCAAGCUUAAAUGUUACUUAGGUUUUCCGGUAGAUUUAACUAAUGCUAGGCUCUCGGGGCAGACAACGACGCCUUUGCAAGGCGUUGUUUACCAAUGGCUGAAUGUGGCUCAUGUUUCUUUGUGCUCCUUGCAAGCACUAGGCCCUGGGCGGUUGCCGCAUUUGCCAUUCCCUUAAGAACAAUACUGUAGAGGAUCAUAAUUUUGUAGAGGAUCAAAUUUAAGCUAAUAAUAUUACUCAAAGACUACAGUAAAAUUUAUAUUUUGAGAUUAUUAUGACAGGUUUACAAUGUAAAUGGAUUUUGAGAGGCCAUACUGUUUGGUCAUGUUAAAUUUUACAUUCCCUAGUGUCAAUGUGUUAGAAAAAUAGUUUAUUCUGCGAAAUAUAGCUGAAGAGGAAUAACUUGUUGAGUAUUAACUUUUAACACCAGUUUACUGUUAAAUAAUAUUAGGUCAAGUUACGGUAAAACAGUCUUCAUAUUCAACUUCACAUUCUUCUGUCUUAGUCUUCACAUUGUUAUGUUCUUUUUACUUGCAAAGGUAAGUUUAUAUUGCUUAUUAUAUAGCCGUCUCAACGUAGUCUUAAGACUAAUUUCUAUAGCUAAUUAUAGCUACAAUAUUCAAAUUCAAGAAAUGGCGAUGAAAUCAGUAUAAUCCAGGUAAGUAUCUGUGCAUGAAAUUUUGGUGAGAGUUUGUGUUAUUUCCCUAUAGAUGUCGCUACCUUAAUUUGUUAGCUGAACGUGCAAAUAGUUUUAUAAUUCCUCACUAGAUGGCAGUACUCAGCGCAUAU